AUGAUUACCCUGGAAGUGUUAAGUGCUCCGCAAAUAGCUUUUUGGAAUCAAGGUCUUUUUCUUUAUCCACAUCAUCGAUCUCACUGGGAAUUCCCUGCUGGGUUUAGAUCUGACCUAGAAGAGAAUCAGGUUUUGCCUAUCAAACUAGAUUAUUGCAACACGCAACCAUCUCGACCAAUACCAUCCAGUGAUCCCGAUCAGCCCAUUGCCGUUCCAUUCCGUCGAUUACCUUACUUCCCCUAUUUGCACUGGUCUAUUCUGCUAAGAGGUGACGAUGGCGAAUGGCCUAGUCCGAUAGAUUUGAGAGCCACAGAGGAAGACGUGAAACUUAUUCUGGAUCUGCACAAUGACCUUCGUCAGAAAAUCGUAUCCGGUAAGGAAAUUCGAGGUUCACCUGGCCCGCAACCGGCUGCUGGAUUCAUACCCAACUUGAAAUGGAGUGAAGCACUGGCUAAUGCCGCUUGGGUAUGGGCGCAACACCUGAGAUACAAACACGGUACACAAAUUAUUGUGACCAAUUUUAUUCGUUGGUAUUCGCUAUCUACGUUCGUGAUCAAUAACAGAACCGGAGCCGCUUGCAUACACCUGGCAAACACGUCAGACUGGACCAGCAUUAUUAAUGGCAAGGAUGGCUGGUCCCAGGAAGUUGAUUUUAUGAACUGUGGGAAGAUUGAGGAUUUCAGGGGUUGCCAGAGUGGAAACAACGGUAAAGUUAUUGGCCAUUACACGCAAAUGGUUUGGGCUGAAACUACUCACGUCGGCUGUGCAGCUAUUGGAUACUACGACGAUUACAACGGAUAUCCUUUCACACCCGGACAACCUUACAAACAGUUUUACGUCUGCAAUUACAGUCCUCGGGGGAAUGCCACGAAUAAACCGGUCUACAAAGUGGAUUACGCAUCCUCUUCCGAUUGUCCAAAUUAUCCUGAAUAA